AUGUCGCAAACCGUUAUUGACGGACAAUUCGAUGACGCAGAUGAAGACAAUAUCAUCACUGCUACUCCAGAAAUCGCAUUCAAACGAGUAGAUGAUGAGACGACCGCUGAUGAUGAUGUCAAUUCACAGACAUCAGAUGCUCUUGAAGACGACUUUGAUCAAGAUGAAGACUUGGACGAUGACGACGAUGUAGAUUACGAAGAUGAGUGGUAUGAAGCUACUGGAGACUUUACAAAGGACUAUAAUAAAGCUAGAACUGGUCAAGCACUUCACUUUCAAAAGACUGCCAUGCGAGAUACUCAAGGAAAAGAACUGGCUGCCAAGUUUGCUUCUCAUGUUAGAGUCGACCUCCCAUACGAAGUAACACUAUCAUCAACUGCAAAAUCCUCCGUCAUAAAAUCAGACAGCAAAGCAGACGGGGAUGCCAAACGCCGUGUGGACAAAUCAGACAGAGCAACUGUAGAACAAGCUCUAGAUCCACGCACACGUAUAAUCCUCUUCAAAUUCCUAAACAAGAACAUCCUCUCGGAAAUCAAUGGCUGUAUAUCAACUGGUAAGGAAGCCAACGUGUAUCACGGAAUCACGAAUUCUGAACCUGAAGAUGGAUCUCCACCAACACAAUUACAUCGAGCCAUCAAAGUAUACAAGACUAGUAUACUGACAUUUAAAGAUCGAGACCGAUAUGUUAAUGGAGAGUUUAGAUUCCGUCAUGGAUAUGGAAGGGGGAAUCCAAGAAAGAUGGUCAAAGUAUGGGCGGAAAAAGAAAUGAGGAAUUUAAAGAGGCUGUAUAGUGCUGGUAUACCGUGUCCUGAACCGUUAUUGUUGAGGAUGCAUGUUUUGGUGAUGGAGUUCUUGGGUGAUAGUAAUGGAUGGGCCGCUCCAAGAGUUAAAGAUGCACCAAUACACGACUCUGAAUCCUUCUUGGAUUUAUACCUGCAACUCAUCAAGAUAAUGUGGAGAAUGUAUCAUCAAUGUCAUCUGGUACAUGCUGACUUGUCAGAGUACAACUUAUUGUACCACAACAAGAAAAUCUACGUAAUCGAUGUCUCACAAUCGGUCGAGCACGACCAUCCUCAUGCUCUAGAGUUCUUACGAAAGGAUUGUACCAAUGUCAUUGAUUUCUUUGCACCGCGAGUGCCUCGAGAAAUACCAGUGACAAACACCUCAAAUUCAGCAUCAUCAGCAACACCCGAUAUACCAUCACCAGUAACCAAACCAUUUCAAGCAUUAUCAAUGAGAGAUCUCUUUGAAUUUAUAGUCACUGAUGAAUCGAGAAUUCGUGAAGAAUUACAAUCCCUCAGCAAUACCAAUAAUAAUGUCUCAACCAUGGAAUUAGACGACCUCCUCACCGCAUACCUGGCUUCACUACAUGAAAACGUUGUGAAUCGACCCACACCGAAUCAAGUAGACGAAGCCGUCUUCCAACAGACGUAUAUUCCAAGGACGCUGGAUCAAGUCCGUAUGCAGGAUAUAGAAGGAGAUGUGGAUGCUGUUAUGAGAGGAGAUGGUGAUUCGCUGAUAUACAAAUCCGUUACUGGGCUAGUAACCAAGCAACCGCAAUCGUCUGUAUCCAAAGAUACCACUCCAAACCCAACAGCAGAUACAUCAGCGUCGAUAGAAGAAUCUGGAUCAUCAACUGGAUCCGAUAAUGACAAUGGCUCUGAAAACUCAGAGUCCGAUGACGACGACUCAUCAAACCGACGACUAUUGAAGAAGGAUGAAGACAAGGAUUUGAAAAAGGAACGAAAGAGACAAGUCAAGGAGGAGAAUCGUCUAAAGAGAUUGGAAAAGGUUCCUAAAUCAGUCAAGAAACGCAAAGUUAAAGAGUCGGCGAGGAAGGGUAAACAUUGA